AACCCAAGCUGUAGCUCCAAACAGCAUCCAGUCCCACUAUGGCUUUCGGAUUAGUAACAUUCGUUCUUGCAGCUCUCGUAGCCGCAUUCAGUGCAAGAAGCAUCAAUGAUAUCGUUUCUAUGGAUAAAAUGAUGACAGAUCCUGAUGAAGAAUUAUCUCCAAGGGUUAUUGGCGGACGAGAUGCAUUGGAAAAUGAAUUCCCAUGGAUGGUUGCACUUCAUUAUCAAGGACGCUUUGUAUGCAGCUCAUUUUUGGUAACACCAAAAGUAUUGAUGACUGCAGCUCAUUGCGUAGUUUUCGGACGAGAGCCUGAGGACCCAAAACAUUACAACGCUUAUGUAGGAACUAUUCACCGAGAUGGUCCCGACACUGAAAUUAGAUUCACCGAAAUCAUCGCUCAUAAGGAAUAUGGCUCAGGAACUGAAUAUGAUAUUGCUCUGAUGAGACUGGAAGAGCCCGUUACUCUCAGUGAAAGUGUACAGACUAUUUGCUUGCCCACUAAAGGCUCUGUUUAUGAGGAUAUGACAGCCCAAGUCAUCGGAUGGGGUGUCCAAGAAAAAGGAGGCCGAGAAUCUGCUAAAAUUUUGCAGACAGCCGUUGAAAAAGUGCCAACCAAUUCUAUGUGUUCUUUCACCUACGCUAUCUUAGGUAUUCCAGUCACCAGAAGACAUGUAUGCGCCGGAGGCGAAAGUGACAAAGGCAUUUGCUUUGGUGAUUCUGGUGGACCUCUAGUUGCUCUAAAUGAAACAAAACCUGUCGCCAUUGGAGUAGCCUCAUUUGGAUCUUACUUAGGAUGUGCAGCUCCUAGAGUUCCUGCUGUAUACACUGCUACUGCCAGUUACACAGACUGGAUCGAGGAAAAUAUGGGUGAAGACGCAUCCGAUCUUUGCUUCGUCAACAAAACCUCAGAAAGUUCGACAAGAUGGUGGGGUUAAAUGCUAACUCUUAGUAUUUGUCACAUGUUGUAAAGUUACCUGAACUUCAGUCGAACUAAACUGUUUCCGAAUUAGGACUUUUAUUUAUUGCGCAAAAGCUAUUUAUUUAUUUAUUUGUCUGUAAAGUUCUUUGAUGUUUACUUGCUUCUCUCAAAACGGCAUUUUGUUUUUCGGCUGACGGUAGGGGAUUUUAUGUGCAGUAAUAAAAUGCUUUCUGUCCUUCA